AAUACUACAAAAUAGUCUUUUGAUUCAUAUUUUUUUUAAUUGAACUUAUGGCUAAACUUCAUCAAUGAUCAUGCCUGUUUGAAAAGAAAAUUGUAAUGGCCAUCCUUGGAUAUAGGCAUGUGUGUUACUUUAAUUUGUGGGCAGGCUGAUGUUUGUGCCAUUGGUGCUGUGUUAGAAAAGCAUGCUGGUGAUGAAAAGCUACUGGAUUGCUAUUAAUUAACACAACUCAAACAGUCACUUUUUAGAGCAGAGCAGAAUUUCCUAUGAUGUGCAAAUGAUGUGGGAAAGAAUAGUUCUUAUGAGCUUGUUCCUUUCUAAACAAGCAUAUUUAUAUUGGUGAAGACACAACAUAUACCAGGCACAUGCAAGCCAGAGUUUAUCUUCUUGACAUCAUGCAUUUUGACGAUGCAUCUGGACUGAAGUGGAAAAGGAAAUGCUAGCUCUGGGCAGCAGAUUACAAGUGCCUUAGAGCAGAAGUAUGGUGCCUCUACUUUCAGUGGAGGAAGUGGAGAACAUGGAUUGAGGGAUCUAGUUUGGCACUCCAUGUUUGAGAAGGAUAAGAGAAAACAUAUUUAGGGUGUUAACUCCUCAGAUGUUCUCCAGGUCAAUCCAUCUCCUUUUAUUGUCUAAGGACUCAACAGAAGUUGCAUUCAAUGUUUUUCCUUCUGCCCUCGUCCUUUAAUACACCAGUUGGGAAUUUAGUGCUACCAUCUGGGAAAAAUAGGAUGGUAUAUCAUUUCUGCUAUUUAUCUGCAGGAAGUGUCAAACAUUUUUCUAUUUCGUAAGUCCUUAUCAGUUUUGGUUUCUUUAUUUUACUAUGUUUAAUGCAAAGCUUUUGUUGUCCUUCAAAUGUGAAGAGGAUUGAAAAGAAUUCUUUUGUCAAUCCAUUCUUUAUUUAUAUUUCUUUUUAUAGGUUUUGGAUGCUACAUGUUAGGGACCCACAAGGUACAAGAUGGCUUCAUCUAGAGAAGCAUUUGAAAGAAAACUGCAAGCAUAAACACAUGAUUCUUCUGUUAAACAAGUUCAGUCUCAUUUUCUAGCUGUAUUUAUAAGGCUGCGACUGCUUGUGAACACUUGUAGUUCCCCCUUUUCACUAUGAGAUUGUUUACGCUUGGGCUGCAAAGGGAUGGCUUAGAAUAUUAUCAAAGCAUUUCAUGCUUGCAUCAAUAGGUCUUUUUGCAAGGUAAGUAAUACAUUUCACUCACUCACUCUCUCUCUCUCUCUCAUACGCGCACACACAUACACAAAUGCUGGAGAAGCUACCCUUUUUUCAGUUUAAGGCAAAUGUUGAAGGAAAACCUUAAUCUACCUAGAAAAAUGUUCUAUGCAAAGUACUUUGUAUAUUUUCUGCAUUUUUAGCUACUAACUUGUAUUGACUCAACAUUAUCAUUUGUCUUUUCUUUUCUUGUUGCACACGAGGUUCUCUGUUCUCAGCUUUGACACAAUUUGCCUUCUUAACAAGUGACGACCAAGCAAUAACUGUGGGAUUUGUUGGGUAUCCUAAUGAUGGAAAGUCUUUCAUUAUUAACACAGGUCCUAAAAAUGUAAUGUGCUGCCUCUUUAUGGCUUCUUCUGUUGCAUUAUUCAUGAAAAUUUGUGUUUCUAUGCCCUUGAAUGUUGAAGAGAUAAAUGUGCCCAUCACUAUGUUCCAAACUCUAUCUAACAUGUUUAUUAACUCCUAUCUAAAAUCUGAUUUCUCUGGAUGCUUUUAAGUAUAGCACCAUAUCUGUUUGUCAACAUUGUAGCCAAAUGAAUAUCUUGCAACUGU